UUUAAAUUGUCCUGGAGCUGGCUGUGGGGGGAAUAAGGCUGGCUGGGAUCUUUCUUUAUCUUUAAGCCGAGAAAUAGGGGAGGGGGGAAAGAUUUACUCGCAGAACAAGGUGUGGUGUUCGUGCUGACUUCUUUAGCAGGUUUUUUUGGUGAACAACCUACCUGUCUGCCUAGAUUGGGAGUAACUGUACACAAGUGACAGUUGAGACAUGGAUUCUCUUCAGCAGCAAGUAUUACAGUUGAUAAGGAAAUUCCGGAAAGGAUGGUGCCAGUUACUGGAGCGUGAGAGAAUGACUAUUUGUGGUGCCGAUAAUAUGCUUAUGCUUUUGCAGCUUGCUAUAGCUGAAAUAAACAAAGUGUCCUAUGGGGAAUUCAGCGUUACCUUGAGUGAACUGCUCCUGUCUUGGAAACACUUACUUCGGGAGAAACUGGAGUUGCUGAGUGAACUUGAUGUGGCACCAGAUGGGUACCAGAGAGUCCGAGAAACAUAUGAGGCUUUUCUGAGCAAAAAUAACUCUGUGGACCUGAUUGAUGUCUACAAGAUUUGUGCCAAGUUAAAACCUGAAAGUGAUCCUGCAGCAAUAUUGUCAAAGAUGGAGCUAUUGAAUUUCCUGUUGGGUACUGCAAAGCCUUCAGAGAAUUCCCUUUCUCCAGUUCCCACUUCUCCAGCCAAUGAGAGUCAUCAGACCAUUGCUAAGUUGGCACUGGUUUUGAGGAAGCUCCUUUGUGACUAUUUGCAUUUACUGGUGAACUCGAAGAGUGACCUUGCUCUGGCAUGUAUCUUCAACGUUCCUGAGCGAGGGUUUGGAAAAACUGCCUUCACCGAUCUGAGACAUGCAGCACGCGACAAGCAAACAUCACUGUACCUGGCUGCGACAUCCUUUGUUAGGUGUUUAGAACUUGGUGGAAAAAGCUAUGCUCCUUCAGACAAGGACCCACUGAUGCAGCACGUCAAAGGGCUUCUAGAUUUGGUGCAUUUCAUAGAUAAAUUGCAAGAAAUAAUUGGAGAGACCCCAGAUUCCAGUGUUGCAGCUGGUCAGAUCCUAUCCUGCAUCAAAAGGCGGCUGUUAAAGGGUAAAAGCAGCAAGAGUUCAUUCUGUCUGGCCACUGAGGAGGUCUCAGAAGAUUUAACGAUGAGGAUUAAUAAUGUCGUCAACCAUCAGCAUGAUUGCACAGAUGAAAUGAUGACUGACAUCAGCCCUGCUCAGCCCAAGGUUUAUGCCAUCAACCAUGCCACAGCAUACGGUGGUCGGAGAACGGUGAAAGCUUUGAUAGCGCUGCUGGAUGAAGAAGCAGCUCAGCCUCCAAGUGAAGGCAAGGCUGAGCUGCUCUAUGGCACUGAACAACAUGACAGCAUCUUUGGCGUUCCAUGCAUGCUGACCCUGUUCAGGUCUCCAACUCAAUCAAGUGGCUUAUUGUCAAAACCUUUGUGCCAUCGCAUUCAGAAAAGAAUUCAGAAAGAGAGCCUUGCCAAGGUGAAGCAUACUUUGAUCAAGUCACAGUUCUCUUGUACAUAUAAAGAGGAAUCUGCAGCAAAAAUCAAACAUUGUAAUGAUCUCAGCUUUGACCAGACUCCAACUGGUGUCCAACCUGUGCCAAGACCAGCUGUCACGAUCUUCUGUGAUGAUGAAUCUAUUGAAGCUGGAUCCUCUCAAAUAUUACCACCAUCGGCAGGGCAGUUGGAAUUACCAAGAAAACGAGGACAUGAAGCAAUUCUCGGAAAAGCUAGGAAUGAGGAAGGUGGAAAUCGGAAAGGCAGCAGGAAGGUGUCAAAACGGAAAUGCAUGGAAUUUGAUAAUGAUAUGGGCUGUGAAAAUGAACUACCUACCUGUCCCCCUGCCUCACUGGAGAGCAAAAUGGGGAAGACUACAAAGACUGUCCGAACGAAGGCCAAGAAUAAGUUAAUUGCUGGACAAUCGAAACUCACCAAUUUCUUUAGGGUUUAGGAUUUUUUUUCUGUCCUCUUUUCAAAACUAAAUGAGAUUUUCAAAUGUCAAAAGUCAUUGAUCAGUUGUGUAAUUUGGUGAACUUGUUUUCAAAAUGCAGUACACAGGCAACACUCUUGUGAUUAUGAACGUAGAAUGUUCAAAAUUUUAUUUUUUUUAAA